GUGCUUUUAUAUAAGAAAAAAGAUAUAACAGCUAUUCAGAAAAAACUUGGUAUUAAUAAUAAUAUAAAUCAAACGGCAGUAUCAGAGAGUAAGAAAGCAAAAGAACUUGCCGAUUCAUAUGAAUUGCUGUUAGAAUUGGUGAGGGAUUUAAUAUCUAUACAGAUGAAACUUGGUAUAGAUAUCAAUCUCAUUUUAGAAGCAGAACUUAGAAAGAAUAAAGCCUCUUCAGAUAAACCAAUUAGAUUAUUUGAUUUGCUUUUAUACUUAGAAGAUGAUAUAGUGACAAUUCAGGAAGAACUUGGUAUUGUCGGUUAUACUAAUCAAGAAAUGGCAGAAGAAGCCAAUAAAAAUGCGAGAGUGUACCUCCGAAAGUUUGAAAAAUUUCAUGGUCUCUUAGAAGAUGUUCUAAGUGUGUUAAUACAGAAAUUCAUUGUUAGUGGGGUAAAGAAAAUUUGGUUUACUGGUGAGGGACUACCAUUAUUUCCGAAU